AUGCGCCGUCGCAGGUUAACGCCACUUUUCGCGCUCUCUGAGGAGGUAACGAGGGAGACUCUGCACAUCUUCUGCACACACACCUCCCACUCUGUUUUGGCCGGCGAUUCAUUCAGCAACAGCCACGGAUUAAAUCAUGACAGGAUGGGGAAUGGGAUGACUUUCAUGGCAGAGAUGCCUUCGGUCAGUGGAUCGGUCGGUGGCUUAGACGGUCCCCGGAGAGAAAACUACGUGUUCGUGACCCCGGUGGAGGUGGAUUCAGAUGGCGGGUACCUGUCCCACGACGUGAGCAGGCGAGGCCAUCGCAGCAGGAGGUCCCUGUCCUCUUCCCUGCACUACCGGCUCUCCGCCUUCGGCCACGACAUGCACCUGGACCUGCGGCCGUCGGCCGUGGUGGGGCCCGGGUUCACCGUGCAGGCGCUGGGCCCGGGAGGCAUCUCCGUCCUCGCCACCGACGACGACCACGAGGGGUUUCGCAACUGCCUGUAUCAGGGAUUUGUCCGCAACCUGUCAGCCUCCUCGGUGGCCGUGUCCACGUGUUCGGGACUGGAGUUGUCUGGACCCGGCAGAACUCACACAUUCCUUGACACAUCCCACACCAGCCAGAACCAGGUGGACACCACACAGUGCCAUAAAAACCAUACGUGCAUCUAUCAUUUCGCCGCCAUACCUCCCCUCACAUCCUGCUCCCGUGGCUGCCCUGCUCUUUUGUCCCCCGUUUGCCCUGCCUCUGCUUCUCCUCUUGUUUGCGGCAAUUAA